AUGGCCCCCCCGCCGGUUGCUAUCAACGAGAGAGCCAUCGUCGACAAUCCACAGAAACUCUCCAAGAGGAAAUGGCUUAGUUACAUCUGGGAUACGCUGGACAAAUCCCCUGAAGAGCGCAAGCUGCUGUUCAAGCUGGACACGGCAAUAUUAACUUUUGCCUCCCUUGGGUAUUUCAUCAAGUACCUCGAUCAGGUCAACAUUAAUAAUGCGUUUGUCUCCGGGAUGAAAGAGGACCUCAGCCUCUACGGCAACCAGCUCAAUUACAUGCAGACCUGCUGGACGGUGGGCUACGUCAUUGGCGAGAUACCAAGCAACCUGCUCCUGACGCGCAUCCGGCCGCGGUAUUGGAUUCCGGCGAUGGAGCUGCUAUGGACAAUUCUGACGUUCGCAAUGGCGCGCUGCAAUACCCCGACUCAAUUCUAUGUGCUGCGCUUUUUCAUCGGCCUCGCCGAAAGCACAUUCUACCCCGGCAUGCAGUACAUCAUCGGCUCAUGGUACCGCAAGGAUGAGCUGGCGAAGCGGUCAUGCAUUUUCCAUACGAGUGGUGGGAUCGCCAGUAUGUUUUCUGGGUACUUGAUGGCGGGCGUAUAUCAUCUUGGAGGCAGGGGUGGGUUCAAGGGGUGGCAGUGGUUGUUUAUCAUCGACGGUGUUAUAUCGCUUCCCGUUGCGCUGAGCGGGUUCUUCAUUCUGCCUGAUGUGCCGGAGAUUUCGAACCCGUGGUACCUGACCAAGGAGGAUAUCGCCUUGUCGCAGAAACGGAUGCAGCUUGAAGGACGGAAGAAUAGAGAGCCGCUGACGAGCAAGAAGUUGAAGAGGAUAUUCUCGUCGUGGCAUAUCUAUCUGCUGACUCUGUUGUAUAUGUACUGUUAUAAUAUAUCAGUUAUCCCCCCCCCCUUCAUUGUAUACAUGCUGACCAAACAGAUACCUCAAACACUCAACCAACCCCAAGUACUCCGUCGGCCAGAUCAACGCCUACCCGACUACCACUGGAGCAGUUCAAGUAGUGACCACUCUGAUCUAUGCUUGGACAUCGGACUCCAUUCUCGGCGGCAAACGCUGGCCACCCAUCAUCUUCGGCGCGGUAAGCACCGCUCACCCACUCCAACUCCCCUCAGUCUAACGAUUCAGAUCAUCAACAUUAUCUCCUACACCUCCCUGGCUAUCUGGGAUAUCAACACCGGGUGGAAAUGGACCUGCUACAUCAUUGCUGGAGCAGGGUACGGCCUAAGCGGGCUUCUAAUGGCGUAUGUAUUCCCCUUCUCAGUAGGCGUAUCGCAAACUGAAGACAACAGAUGGGCACAUGAGAUCUGCGCCGAGGAUAACGAGGAACGGGCAUUGGUGGUGGGUAGCAUGAAUGAAAUGGCGUAUGUCUUUCAGGCGUGGUUGCCGCAGAUUGUUUGGCGGCAGGUUGAGGCACCGGAGUACAGGAAGGGGUUUGUUACGGUGACAGUUUUGUCUGGGAUUCUUAUCCUAGCGACGUUUGUGACGGUUGGGUUGGAGAAGAGGGAGAGGUAA